AUGGCCUUCAAAUCCUUAAUCUCUCAAACCGAAUAAAUGAUGAAGAAAAUAUGGGAGGAGUUGUCACAAUCAAUCUAAUAAGUAUACGAUUGGAUUGAUAAGGAAAACCAAUCUUACUUAAAUCUCAUCAAGGAAAAUACGAAUCUAGCUGAAUCCUCCUACACUGAUAUAGAAAAAUUAGUCAACGUUGUAGAAGGAACAACUUUAAUAGAUUGGAAUACUUCGUAGAAUUCUUAUAUGAAGGAGUUAGAUAAGACCAAGAGCUGGUGGGACCAACAUAUAAAGGCUUUUAUUGAGAAGUCUAACUAAGGAAUCCAAUAGAUUCAAUCAUUAAUUAAGUAAGUAUUAUAAAUAUUAUCUCUAGGGGAGAUGAAGAAGAAGUUUAUUAAAUGAAGGAAGAUCUUUAUGAGAUGCUAACCUAUAUCCAGUAUAUAGAUGAAUCUCUCUAUUAGAAGAUUCUUGAUAUACUUAGAAAAGAGAAAGUUUCAGACAUUAUUGGAUUCCUGUCGAAGACAAACAAUCAUCAGUUUUAUGAAUCUUUAAACUACAAGUAAAAGAAUAUAAGGGAGAUCAAGAAGUAAGUAAAGAAAAUCACAAAUGUUUUGAGAAAUAUUUAGGAACAUAAAUUUAGUAAGGAUGACUAUUCUUCUGAGACUAAUGAAAAGGAAAGAGCGGAUCUGAUCAAGAGGGUGAAGGAUAACUAAGGGAUCACAGAUUUCAUCAAAUUUUUAGUACGACUAACAAGCAUAGAUGGAAAAUUCAUUCAAUCAGGAUCAAAUGGACUUAGUUUAUUAGUGGCCAUGAAGGUUGAUAUAAGGAAUCAAUCCUUUGAAGAUAUCAAAAUUAUGAAUACAUCAUUAAUUGGUGGUAACUUUGUUAGAUGUAACUUGAGUGGAUCUGAAUUUAAUAAUGUAGAUAUCAGCGGAUUGAAUUUGAAUGGUGCUUAACUAUUCAAUUGCAAAUGGAAGAACAUUAAAGUCCAUGAAUUGAAUAAGUUGGAUGGUCAUAGUAAUUGUAUUAACUCGGUCUGUUUCUCUCCUGAUGGAAAUACAUUAGCUUCUGGCAGUGGAUAUCUUUUUGGAGUUUGUGAUAACUCUAUCCGUCUAUGGGAUGUCAAAACAGGAUAAUAAAAAGCCAAAUUAGAUGGUCAUACUCAUAAUGUCUACUCAGUCUGUUUCUCUCCUGAUGGAAAUACAUUAGCUUCUGGUAGUGAUGAUAAGUCUAUCCGUCUAUGGGAUGUCAAAACAGGAUAAUAAAAAGCCAAAUUAGAUGGUCAUACUCAUAAUGUCUACUCAGUCUGUUUCUCUCCUGAUGGAAAUACAUUAGCUUCUGGUAGUGAUGAUAAGUCUAUCCGUCUAUGGGAUGUCAAAACAGGAUAAUAAAAAGCCAAAUUAGAUGGUCAUACUCAUAAUGUCUACUCAGUCUGUUUCUCUCCUGAUGGAAAUACAUUAGCUUCUGGUAGUGAUGAUAAGUCUAUCCGUCUAUGGGAUGUCAAAACAGGAUAAUAAAAAGCCAAAUUAGAUGGUCAUACUCAUAAUGUCUACUCAGUCUGUUUCUCUCCUGAUGGAAAUACAUUAGCUUCUGGUAGUGAUGAUAAGUCUAUCCGUCUAUGGGAUGUCAAAACAGGAUAAUAAAAAGCCAAAUUAGAUGGUCAUACUCAUAAUGUCUACUCAGUCUGUUUCUCUCCUGAUGGAAAUACAUUAGCUUCUGGUAGUGAUGAUAAGUCUAUCCGUCUAUGGGAUGUCAAAACAGGAUAAUAAAAAGCCAAAUUAGAUGGUCAUACUCAUAAUGUCUACUCAGUCUGUUUCUCUCCUGAUGGAAAUACAUUAGCUUCUGGUAGUGAUGAUAAGUCUAUCCGUCUAUGGGAUGUCAAAACAGGAUAAUAAAAAGCCAAAUUAGAUGGUCAUACUCAUAAUGUCUACUCAGUCUGUUUCUCUCCUGAUGGAAAUACAUUAGCUUCUGGUAGUGAUGAUAAGUCUAUCCGUCUAUGGGAUGUCAAAACAGGAUAAUAAAAAGCCAAAUUAGAUGGUCAUACUCAUAAUGUCUACUCAGUCUGUUUCUCUCCUGAUGGAAAUACAUUAGCUUCUGGUAGUGAUGAUAAGUCUAUCCGUCUAUGGGAUGUCAAAACAGGAUAAUAAAAAGCCAAAUUAGAUGGUCAUACUCAUAAUGUCUACUCAGUCUGUUUCUCUCCUGAUGGAAAUACAUUAGCUUCUGGUAGUGAUGAUAAGUCUAUCCGUCUAUGGGAUGUCAAAACAGGAUAAUAAAAAGCCAAAUUAGAUGGUCAUACUCAUAAUGUCUACUCAGUCUGUUUCUCUCCUGAUGGAAAUACAUUAGCUUCUGGUAGUGAUGAUAAGUCUAUCCGUCUAUGGGAUGUCAAAACAGGAUAAUAAAAAGCCAAAUUAGAUGGUCAUACUCAUAAUGUCUACUCAGUCUGUUUCUCUCCUGAUGGAAAUACAUUAGCUUCUGGUAGUGAUGAUAAGUCUAUCCGUCUAUGGGAUGUCAAAACAGGAUAAUAAAAAGCCAAAUUAGAUGGUCAUACUCAUAAUGUCUACUCAGUCUGUUUCUCUCCUGAUGGAAAUACAUUAGCUUCUGGUAGUGAUGAUAAGUCUAUCCGUCUAUGGGAUGUCAAAACAGGAUAAUAAAAAGCCAAAUUAGAUGGUCAUACUCAUAAUGUCUACUCAGUCUGUUUCUCUCCUGAUGGAAAUACAUUAGCUUCUGGUAGUGAUGAUAAGUCUAUCCGUCUAUGGGAUGUCAAAACAGGAUAAUAAAAAGCCAAAUUAGAUGGUCAUACUCAUAAUGUCUACUCAGUCUGUUUCUCUCCUGAUGGAAAUACAUUAGCUUCUGGUAGUGAUGAUAAGUCUAUCCGUCUAUGGGAUGUCAAAACAGGAUAAUAAAAAGCCAAAUUAGAUGGUCAUACUCAUAAUGUCUACUCAGUCUGUUUCUCUCCUGAUGGAAAUACAUUAGCUUCUGGUAGUGAUGAUAAGUCUAUCCGUCUAUGGGAUGUCAAAACAGGAUAAUAAAAAGCCAAAUUAGAUGGUCAUACUCAUAAUGUCUACUCAGUCUGUUUCUCUCCUGAUGGAAAUACAUUAGCUUCUGGUAGUGAUGAUAAGUCUAUCCGUCUAUGGGAUGUCAAAACAGGAUAAUAAAAAGCCAAAUUAGAUGGUCAUACUCAUAAUGUCUACUCAGUCUGUUUCUCUCCUGAUGGAAAUACAUUAGCUUCUGGUAGUGAUGAUAAGUCUAUCCGUCUAUGGGAUGUCAAAACAGGAUAAUAAAAAGCCAAAUUAGAUGGUCAUACUCAUAAUGUCUACUCAGUCUGUUUCUCUCCUGAUGGAAAUACAUUAGCUUCUGGUAGUGAUGAUAAGUCUAUCCGUCUAUGGGAUGUCAAAACAGGAUAAUAAAAAGCCAAAUUAGAUGGUCAUACUCAUAAUGUCUACUCAGUCUGUUUCUCUCCUGAUGGAAAUACAUUAGCUUCUGGUAGUGAUGAUAAGUCUAUCCGUCUAUGGGAUGUCAAAACAGGAUAAUAAAAAGCCAAAUUAGAUGGUCAUACUCAUAAUGUCUACUCAGUCUGUUUCUCUCCUGAUGGAAAUACAUUAGCUUCUGGUAGUGAUGAUAAGUCUAUCCGUCUAUGGGAUGUCAAAACAGGAUAAUAAAAAGCCAAAUUAGAUGGUCAUACUCAUAAUGUCUACUCAGUCUGUUUCUCUCCUGAUGGAAAUACAUUAGCUUCUGGUAGUGAUGAUAAGUCUAUCCGUCUAUGGGAUGUCAAAACAGGAUAAUAAAAAGCCAAAUUAGAUGGUCAUACUCAUAAUGUCUACUCAGUCUGUUUCUCUCCUGAUGGAAAUACAUUAGCUUCUGGUAGUGAUGAUAAGUCUAUCCGUCUAUGGGAUGUCAAAACAGGAUAAUAAAAAGCCAAAUUAGAUGGUCAUACUCAUAAUGUCUACUCAGUCUGUUUCUCUCCUGAUGGAAAUACAUUAGCUUCUGGUAGUGAUGAUAAGUCUAUCCGUCUAUGGGAUGUCAAAACAGGAUAAUAAAAAGCCAAAUUAGAUGGUCAUACUCAUAAUGUCUACUCAGUCUGUUUCUCUCCUGAUGGAAAUACAUUAGCUUCUGGUAGUGAUGAUAAGUCUAUCCGUCUAUGGGAUGUCAAAACAGGAUAAUAAAAAGCCAAAUUAGAUGGUCAUACUCAUAAUGUCUACUCAGUCUGUUUCUCUCCUGAUGGAAAUACAUUAGCUUCUGGUAGUGAUGAUAAGUCUAUCCGUCUAUGGGAUGUCAAAACAGGAUAAUAAAAAGCCAAAUUAGAUGGUCAUACUCAUAAUGUCUACUCAGUCUGUUUCUCUCCUGAUGGAAAUACAUUAGCUUCUGGUAGUGAUGAUAAGUCUAUCCGUCUAUGGGAUGUCAAAACAGGAUAAUAAAAAGCCAAAUUAGAUGGUCAUACUCAUAAUGUCUACUCAGUCUGUUUCUCUCCUGAUGGAAAUACAUUAGCUUCUGGUAGUGAUGAUAAGUCUAUCCGUCUAUGGGAUGUCAAAACAGGAUAAUAAAAAGCCAAAUUAGAUGGUCAUACUCAUAAUGUCUACUCAGUCUGUUUCUCUCCUGAUGGAAAUACAUUAGCUUCUGGUAGUGAUGAUAAGUCUAUCCGUCUAUGGGAUGUCAAAACAGGAUAAUAAAAAGCCAAAUUAGAUGGUCAUACUCAUAAUGUCUACUCAGUCUGUUUCUCUCCUGAUGGAAAUACAUUAGCUUCUGGUAGUGAUGAUAAGUCUAUCCGUCUAUGGGAUGUCAAAACAGGAUAAUAAAAAGCCAAAUUAGAUGGUCAUGAGCAUUGGGUAAUGUCAGUCUGUUUCUCUCCUGAUAAAAAUACAUUAGCUUCUGGUAGUAAUGAUUAGUCUAUCCGUCUAUGGGAUGUAAAGACAGGAUAAGAAAUUAAAUCCUCUGAUAAAAACUACAAAGAUAUUCUUGCAUAAUUAAAAAUACCACUUUAGAGUAGCUCAUUAUUACCAAAUGGUAUUUGUUAUUUAUUAUUAUUUAGUUGAACCAGAUCGUACAAUACUUAGGAUUUGUUAGAAUCCUUUAUUAGAAGCAAGAGGUACACUUAUAUUGUAAGGAGAAUUUAUGAACCAUUAAGGAAAAGAUUUGAAACCUUUAUUCAAAUCUAAAGGAAGUUGCUUUUUAGAAGACCUUAAGUAAAAGUAAAAGUGA